UCAACAAUAUGUACUUUGGAGUGCAGGUCGAUUUACCAUGACUGUACAAACCGACUGAUACUUAAAAUCCAGUGAGAAAGUCAAUAGGUACGUUUCCCUACGAUCAACAAAAAUCGAUAAAUAUUUUCAAACUGCAAUGUACCUAAUAUUUGAACCACGCGGAAAAAAAAGAAUAUUACAUCGAGUUAAACUUAAAAAAUGGAUUAUCUUUCGGAACAACCAAGUUUAAGUAGCGACAGCAGUCCCAAUUCAUCGUUGGAAUCACCCCCGUUUCUUAUUUCGGGAUCAUCUCAUGGAUCACUUUCCACUGAUUCGGAACAGUCAAUUCAACUCAUGAUUGAAGAACUUGACCAGAUGUGUUACUUACCGGAUCUCGUACAGGAGCAGCGUGCAGUAUUAACAAAUCCAUUUAACGUUUGCAAAAUUCUCAGAAGUCAUCCAAAUGCUCGAGCGAAACUAGUUGUGUACUUUCUACGGCUGGAACAAUCAACGAAAGAUUUUGUUUGGACAUUGGUGGAAAAUAUUUGCAGUUUCAUUAGGCGACGAACGGAUCUGUCGGAUGGACAUUUGCUUGGAUUUCACUCUAUGCUUAAGUUGGGCACAUUUCUAAUGGACGCAGGUUGGCAGGCAGAAGCUAUUAUUCUACUGAAUAUUGCCAGUGGUCAAGCUAAAGGUCAGACCAUAAAAUUGUUAACAGUGCUGAAGACCCUUCUACUAGCCGAAUCACUUUCUAACAGGGAAGAAGCGGCCUUUUCAACUCUCUCGCAAAUUCAUACCCUUGCGGGAAUGGCGGAGUCUAUUCCAAUGGCAUUAACUGUUGAACUGCACAAUUCUUUCGCAGUAAGCUUCUUCGAAAAACUUGAUUUUAAUUCAAGUUAUCAGCAAGGAUUACUGGCCCUACAGCUAUUAGGAGAAGGAACUCACCGAAACGAAGUAAAAAUUGGAGUAUUUCGCCAAUUAAGUAAAAGUUGCCUUGCCAAAGGGAGACCAGUCCAAGCGAAGCUUUUGAUCACUCAGGCAGUAAGUUGGGCAUUACAUUGCUUCGGAUCGUCCAGUGUUAUUUACGCGGAGGUUCUUGAGGAUUAUGCGUUUUAUUUGUUAAUGAUGAAUGCUUAUGAAGAUGCUGUAAGUGCUACAAACGAAGCGAAGAAUAUCUAUUACAAGCAAUAUGGACCUUUGGCGCUACAGGCAGAAUUAGCGCAAGGUAAUCUUGCGUUUAGGAUGUACAUUGAUAAUCAGAAAUUCUAUGACAUGGUCAACGUUGACCAGUACAUUGAAUAUAUAGGAGGCACGAAUGACAAGCGACGACAACUAGCAAUAACAGGAUCUGACGAUCGGCAAAUGUUGGCGGUUAAAAGAAUGAGGACGAUGAUGGUAAUUAGGAAACUGUAUCAAUAUGGAUCCACAACAACCCCGAACGAUAGAAUUGAGAACGUACAAACGCAAAGGACAGUAAACGAGAUAAAAAAUAUGUUUUUUCAAUAAUUGUAUAAGAUGAGUUAGGUUUAAAAAAAAUAUGUAUAUUUGCUUAGUUAUUUAUUGCACGAAACAAUUUAAAAUACAUGUACCACUAAGAUUAUUAUGCUCUCCUUGACGCUGAUAUUCAAACACAGUCUUCUAAUCCGUUAUUGUUUUCAAUCAAGUGAUAUGUCUCUUCACUCUUUGUUGGCAUUACAGCACCCCACUUUCGCUGCAGAGCUCAGAUGUUUAGGAAUUCACCUAAAUAGCCAUUACUUAACUGAGAGGUAUCCAUUGGCGUAACUACAGGAGGGCUUUAGCAACUUUAGCUUAAAAUUGUUGGUACUUUGCAUACUUAUUGCUCAUAUCUAGCUAUCUGAUCAUAUAUUAGCAUAGCUGCAUAAAUCUUCAUGAUCUCUAUCCCUUCAAAACACUUCAGCAAGUUGAAUCUGUUUAAUCAAGUUUUCAAACUUCGAACAAUUGUUAUAUCUUGCCAUAGGAGUGCUAAACACGAAAAAC